CCUGGUAGUGGUUCGGUAGUGCUGUUUCUUAAUUGAAUUUAGUUGAUGACAGUUUGGUUUUCGUCUUCAUUGCCACAUCGCCUCGUCCUGCCACUCAGUCUGGCGGCUCUAUCCUGAAAGGGCGUUGAGUUUUGCUGCCCCGAAUGCCGAGAUUCUUGGAGCACACACAGUGGCCGCAGCAAAUCACCAAGCACACCUUCAGCUCGAUGCCCAUCUACUACCUGAUUAUCAAAUAGGAAAGCUGAAACCAUAAAGAAAAUCUUCGGAUUGGAAAUCAAAUAAUAAAACGUUAAAGGACAACAGCCAAGAUGAGCUUCAGUUCGGCCAGCGGGAGGGAGAACAAUGUCCGUAAACUCUCCUUCCUCGGAUUCAAUACCAAAAAGAAGUCCGGCAAUGAGGAUCCCGACGAGGUGCUGCUGGACUCGGAAAUGGAAAAGGUGUUUGCCGGCAACAAUGCACGCAAGGAGAAGUUCGAUGUAACCACCUUCCAGGACAACACCCAGUUACCCAUAGGAUCCCGAAAAAAGAAUAGCAUUCGCACAAACGAUCUGAAUAUCGAGGAGGAUUCGGAGUACGAAAGCCAAACGGAGCCUCUAAACAAUGCACAAAACUAUGAUGACAUCCCUGAGGACUGUCCACUAGUUUCCGAGCGAGCCGGACACGGUGACCACUCGGACAACUCGGCGGACGAGAAGCGGGUCCAGUUCGGCGACAAGAAGAAGCUAGUCGUCACCCCGCCCAACCUGAGCUACGAUGAACAGCCCACGGACCAAUCGCACGAACGUAAACGCAGAAGAAGCCGCCAUCAGUAUUAUAGACAGCGUAAAUUCUCACAUCAGGACAGCGUGGAACCCAAAAAGACUCUCGAGGAAAACGGUGAUGCAGGUGCGCGUCGCAUCUCUGUCCAGCCUGAGGACACGGCAUUGGAGGAGGCUGAUCUCAACGAGCUGAGAUCACAUCGUUCGGACGACCCGCGUGCCUUGCGACGCCACAAGAUACAUCAUUCAUCCAUCAAGCUACGCGAGUUGCCGCAAAUAACUAUUUCUCCCUUCACCAACAAGAAGCCCGAAGUGGAUCACAGUCCCCAUGAGAUAUUUGUACAACUGGAUGAGCUCACUGGCGUGGGCGAGGAUCGGGAAUGGAAGGAGACUGCCCGCUGGAUCAAGUAUGAGGAGGAUGUCGAGGAGGGCUCCGAUCGCUGGGGCAAGCCCCAUGUUGCCUCUCUCUCCUUCCACUCGCUGCUCAAUUUGCGUCGCUGCCUGGAAACGGGCGUUGUCCUGCUCGAUCUCAACGAGAAGGAUCUGCCCGCCGUGGCCUAUCGUGUUGUGGAGCAGAUGGUGAUUGAGGACCUCAUCGACAUCAAUGACAAGCCCUCGGUGAUGAGGUCGCUGCUCCUGCGCCAUCGUCAUGUCAACGAACACCAGGGUGUGCUGCCUUUCACCAAGCGAAAGUACAACAGCUACACCAGUCUUCAGUUUCUAUGGAUGGGGGCGGAGUCCUCGCAACCACAACAGCAGCAACACCAUCAGCUGCAACAACAGUUCCAGCAGCAACAGCAAUCCCGAAACCUGGCCAAAGCCAGGCGGAGCAUAUGCGUCACCUCCAGUGCCCCGCCCACGGCAGCGAUGUUGAACUUGGCCACUGCCACAGCCGCGGCGGCAGCCAUCGACCAUCGACGUCACUCCACGAUGUCCUACCUGGGUAACCUCUCCGGCACGGAUGACAAGAAGAUCAAAAUCAUGCCGGCCAGUGAGAUUGGCGGCAGCAAGCGAAGCAAUGAGCUCAAGAUCGACAUGAAGGACGACUUGUAUUCCUCGUCGCAGGAGGAUCUUAAGAAGCUGCAGAACGACACCAUACUCAAAAGGAUUCCCGCCGGAGCUGAAGCCACCACUGUGUUGGUCGGUGCCGUGGAGUUCCUUGAGCAGCCCACCAUUGCCUUUGUCCGUCUGUCGGAGGGUGUCCUAAUGCCCACCCUGACCGAGGUCCCUGUCCCAGUGAGAUUCAUGUUUGUGCUGCUGGGUCCCCGGAACUUUGAUCUGGACUACCAUGAGGUGGGUCGUUCCAUCUCCACCCUGAUGGCCAACGAGCACUUCCACGCCAUUGCCUACAAGGCCGACGAUCGCAAGGAUCUGCUCUCGGCCAUCAAUGAGUUCCUGGACGACUCGAUUGUGCUGCCUCCCGGUAAUUGGGAUCGUCACGAUCUGCUGCCCUUCGAGGAGCUAAAGGCCAAGAAGGACUGGAUCCGAACGCGCAAGAUCAAGGCCCUGCAGGUGAAGCGCGACAGCGAGAUGAUUAAGAUCGGCAAGGACGAGGAGAAGGCGCUGCUGGAGAAGCAAACCCUGGGCGCCAUUGGUCUUGGGCCCGGUGGCGACGGCGGUGGCGGUGGAGGCGACGGUGGCUCUGAUGACGAGGACGGGCGGAAAAAGAAGCGACCCAGCCCGCUGGAGAAGACCCAUCGCCUGUGGGGUGGCCUGAGGAACGACCUUAAGCGGCGGAUGCCCAUGUACAAGAGCGACAUCCUGGACGGCCUCAACACUGAGACCCUGGCGGCCACCAUCUUCAUGUACUUCGCCUGCCUGUCGACGGCCAUCACUUUCGGUGGCCUCGUUUCGGCGAAGACGGACAGCUGGAUCGGCAUCUCGGAGACACUGAUCUCGUGCUCCCUGGUGGGCAUCAUCUUCCAUUGCCUCUCUUGCCAGCCGCUGGUGAUUAUCGGAACCACAGGUCCCCUGCUGCUCUUUGACGAGGCUCUGAUGGUCUUCUGCACCAACAAUAAUUUCGACUUCCUGUCCCUGAGAGUCUACGUGGGCUGUUGGCUGAUCGUCAUCGCACUGACUGUGUCCGCCUUCGAGGGCAGUGUCUACGUUCGACUGCUCACCAGAUUCACCCAGGAGAUCUUCUCGGCGCUGAUCACACUCAUCUACAUCGUGGAGACCAUGAUGAAGCUGGUAUCCAUUUACGAGCAGAAUCCCCUGCUGCCGGACUACAAUCUCCCACCUCCGACUCUAGUGGGUCACGAUGUUAAUGGUACUUCUCCUGUCAAUGCCACUGGUGUGCUCCUCAACGUGACUACUACCGCCACGCCCAUGGGUCCAUCUGCCUUGCCAAAGAACCAACCCAAUACCGCUCUCUUCUGCACCAUCCUGACACUCGCCACGUUUGUGGUGGCCUACUAUUUGAAACUCUUCCGCAACUCCCACUUCCUCGGACGCAAUGCCCGUCGUGCUCUUGGAGACUUCGGAGUGCCCAUUUCCAUUGCCAUCUUUGUGCUGGUGGACUACCUGGUGCCGGCCGUCUACACCGAAAAGCUGGUGGUGCCCGAGGGUCUGUCGCCCAGCGAUCCCUCCAAGCGAAACUGGUACAUCGGCUUCAAUGCCACCUCCACCUGGAUUCCCUUCGCCUGCGUUGUGCCCGCCCUGCUCGUCUACAUCCUGAUCUUCAUGGAGUCCCAGAUCUCGGAGCUGAUCGUGGACAAGCCAGAUCGUGGCCUGAAGAAGGGCUCUGGUCUCCACUGGGACAUUGUGCUGCUGUGUCUCCUGAACUGUGCCUGUGGAUUGUUUGGCAUGCCCUGGCAUUGUGCCGCCACAGUGCGUUCGGUGACGCAUGUCUCUUCGGUUACCAUUAUGUCACGCACACAUGCUCCUGGUGAGUCGCCGAGGAUUGUGGAUGUCAAGGAGCAGCGCUUGUCUGGUUUCUUUGUGUGUCUCAUGAUCGGUCUUUCGGUCCUGAUGGCUCCGCUCCUGCGUCUGAUUCCCAUGGCAGUGCUGUUCGGAGUGUUUCUUUACAUGGGUGUGGCCUCCAUGAGUGGAGUGCAGUUCUUCGAAAGAGUAAGGCUGUACUUCAUGCCCGUGAAGCACUAUCCACCAACGCCCUACGUAAAACGUGUGCGGCCCUGGAAGUUGCAUCUGUUCACCACCAUCCAGGUGUUGUGCCUGGUCCUACUGUGGACUGUCAAGUCUUCAAGGUUCUCGCUGGCCUUCCCCUUUUUCCUGAUCAUGAUGGUGCCAAUCAGACAACAAUUAAAUGCUCUCUAUAAGCCCGAAGAAAUGCAAGCGUUGGAUGGCCAAGAGGCCAAGAACGACGAAGACGAGCCCGACUUCUACGAACAAACCAACCUACCAGCCUAGUUGAAAGCCCCCAGUGUCCAAGGGAUUCGAAAGGAUCGGAUCGGGAGAAACAUUAUUAGUUUUAGAUUGAAAGUAUUAAAGCCAAGCCACGUUUUACGAUGGUUCCAAAUAACAAAAUCACAACACGAUUACAAAACAAAGCUAAGAGAAUACACAAAUAGUAUAAUAUUUGUUGCUAAAAUCUGGUGUAACGUUAACGAACUACCUGCAAUUAGUAUUUAGAGAAAAGCCACAAAAUCAUAU